AUGACGUUUCUCCUUCUAGGUAAAGGCAGGAGUACGCCUCACAACGAGGCUGCGUGUCAUUCUGGAGAGGCCUGUGGAGGGAAUAAUACGGAAAAUCAUAAAGACAUCUUUAGAUCCCCUUCGGCAGGGAUGUUCCAGAACGACGGCCAGAAGCUGCAGGGGACUUUGUGCGACCAUCAGUUCAUCUCCAGCAACUACACUCCAUCAUACGGUCGUUUCUACUCGCCGCGGUAUCCUUCUAGUUACCCCAAGCAUAUCAAGUGCGCCUACAGAUUCAGAGCAAGGUCUAAAGAACGGAUUCGAGUUGUAUUCGAGGAGGUGACACUUCAGAAAGGAGACGUUAG